AUACCAUUGUACAACACGGUACGAACGCGUCCCAGCUGCAGCGGUUGCCACACAUCGCCCAUGCUGUGCGGUUGAUGAGCUGUCAUUUGUUAUUCUAGAGAAAUUCACCCCAGUGUGAUCAAUUCGUGGACAAGAAUACUUUGGAGCGAAUCAAGAUGAAGGAAAAACUUCUAGUUUUGUGGAUUUGCGUGACAGCUGGGUUGCUGUGUGUAACCGCCAGCCCAAUGGCCAGCGGCCCAGAGGGAGUAGGUGUGGUGAGUCAACGCGGCAGUCGUGUCAGGCGGCAAUCCGAAGGCGAUGUGCGAAAUUGCGACCUAGAUCCGCCGUACUAUCCUAGCACUGUCACUAACACCACGGUACAAGUCGCAAACCUUCGUCGGGAAAUGGUGGCCAAUGGUAUCGCUGCUUACGUAGUCCCAUCGGAAGAUGCACACGGAAGUGAAUACGUAGCGUCACGUGACAAGAGGCGAGCUUUCCUGUCUGGUUUAAUGGGGUCAGCGGGGCUCGCCAUAGUCACAGCUACCGAGGCUAAGUUAUGGACCGAUGGCCGGUACUUCCUGCAAGUAAAGAAAGAGAUGGAUUGCCAGUGGGACCUCAUGAGAGUUGGGGCAACUUUUGACGAUCCAAGUCCUGAAGACUGGUUGGCCGACAAUCUCAAUAACAUGGACAUGAUUGGAUUUGACCCUGCCCUGAUGUCAGUCAGUGAUUAUGAAGACUAUGAAGCUGCGCUGAAGACAAAGAUGCCAGACAAGACGAUAACAAUGAAGUCGAUCCAAGUGAAUCUGAUUGAUAACAUCUGGGACGACCAGCCCCCAUACAACCCUAAGACAGUCAUCACCGUUCUAGAUGCAGCAAAGUAUACCGGUGAAACAUGGCAGCAGAAGGUUAUUGACGGAGCACCGGGCCAGAACAGCACCCGCUGGGAGAUGGGGCAGGUGAAAGGGGAGACCAUAGAUGCCUUCGUCAUCACUAAGCUGGAUGAGAUCGCAUGGUUGUUCAAUUUGAGGGGUGAUGAUGUGCCAUACAACCCCAUGUUUGUAUCCUACGCUAUUGUCACGAAGACAGACACAAUGUUAUAUUUGUACGACAGUGCAUCAAGUGUCCGAGUUCCUGCAGCGGUGAAAACUCACCUGAACGUCAAUGCGGCUGGCAGUACAUGCCUGAAUUCAAAUCCUUGUGUGAUCGUAAAAGACUACCCUGUUUUCUUUGACGAUUUGCGAGGCUUCAAUGAAAGCCUUGCUAAUAAGAUAUGGAUCAGCGAUCAGGCCAGUUAUGCUGUCUACGAAUCCAUCUCGGAUGCAAAGCGCUACGUUGCAGCAUCACCCCUUCUCCUCAUGAAGGCAGUGAAGAGUGAUAUGGAAGCGCAAGGCAUGGAGGAGGCACAUACCAUGGACUCGGUUGCGUUGUGUAACAUCGGGGCCUGGAUGCAAGAGAAAAUUGAUGGCUUAAAGGAUCCAAUGACAGGAGAUAAAACUGUCAUCAGUGAGCAAAUUGUCAUGGACAAGUGCAUAGAAGAGAGAGCGAAGUUUGCCGACAACCGAGGCCUCAGCUUUGGAACCAUUGCUGGAAUGGGUCCCCACGGUGCCAUUAUUCACUACACAUCGACACCAGAAACUGACGUCCCUAUCACCAAGGAUGGAACCUUCCUUCUGGAUUCUGGAGGCCAAUACUUGCAAGGAACCUGUGACAUUACCAGAACGUUCCAUUUUGGCACACCCACUGCAUUCAUGAAGGAAGCCUACACCAGAGUUCUCCUGGGCAGCUUUGAUCUGGCCAUGUCUGUCUUCCGUACCGGCAUUUAUGGGCGUGAUAUUGAUUCCAUUGCGCGGAACCAGCUGUGGUCAGGCGGUCUGGACUACAACCAUGGAACUGGACAUGGCAUCGGUCACUUCUUGAAUGUACAUGAAGGUCCAGCACGUAUCAGAGUGGGGGUCCGCGCAGGAGAAAAACCGUUAGAUCUUAACAUGUUUCAGUCUGACGAACCCGGCUAUUAUGAGGAUGGCUCCUUUGGUAUCCGCAUUGAGAAUGUGGUCAGGACUGUUCCUGCUGAUGUCGCGCAUCAAUUUGAGGGGUACCAGUACAUGACAUUUAAGAUGAUUUCCCUGGUUCCCUAUGAGCCCAGUUUGAUUGACUUCGGCAUGUUCAACAAUAAGCAGCUGGAGUAUUACAACACCUACAACAAGAUGGUACGCGAUAAAAUCGGGGAUCAUUCCAUGCUCUCGGAAGCGGGCAAAGCUUGGAUGAUGAGCAAGACCGCACCGGUGGAAUACACCUUCGAAUUGUCUACAAGCAGUGGGCAGAGGACAGCUCCUAGUCUGGUCGCCAUCUUGGUGACAAUGAUACUUAGUACGCUGUACUCGCUCUGGUAAAGUCCUGGUAUGUUGAAUCUGGAAAAAAAAGCUGGACAAUUUUGACUCAAAUUAGUAAAUUUUGGUCCUUGUAAUGAUGAGACUGUUUAGAUGUUAAUCCGCGUCCUUUUCUCAAACAUCGGUUUUUGCUCCAGCUUAGUCUUCAAAUCAAUUGUACAGACUGUUAAUCUUCACACAAAAUGAAAAAUUACAAAUGUUGCCUUUGUCUUAUCAGAUGUUACAUUGCUGCAAACCGAAAAGGACCUUCCGAAAUUUUCAAAAUAAAAGCGAACUAAAAUGAGUAAGCCAAACUUGAAAACAAAGCCCAUGUUACAGAAAAGCCUUAAUCUAUGUACCUUCAUGCAUCACCUUUAGAGUGUGGUUAAUUUUGAUGUUGAACUAGUUUCGUGAACAAUUCUCUAAGGUUUUUCUAUAAGUCUAAGCUAAAAAAUGUACCAUUUGCUCUCUUUUGAUGAUUGCACUGUUUGAAAAAAACCCAGAAAAAUUACGAUUACAUUUGGUAACAAAAGGAUCGUCUUUAACAAUUACUGAAUGGUAUUUGUUUUACCUAAAAUGAUUAAAAAUUAUUAUUUGAAAUUUUGAAAUUCUAAAAAAUUCUUUUUGCAGCGGCACUGAUAUCUCUGUUUACCAUUGACGUGCGUGUCGAUUCAUGUAUAUAUACAGUGUAUUUUCAUAGGAGAAAAGGUCCAAUCAAAUAUUUUUCAAAACAGUGAAAUUUACUGAAUAAUUUGAACUCAAAUGAUACGUUUCAGAAUCAAAUUAGAAAGACUUUAUUUUGCUUUUAUCAUUUAUUAAUGUUAGCAAGGGAUUUAUCGUUUCUGUAGAAACCCAUAUUCGAAAUUUUGGUCGCUUUCUUGUAUACAGUAUUGAGUUAUUAUCAUAGUGGAAGAUGAACCCAAAAAAAUGCAGAUAAAAUACUACUUAACAGCUUAGACUGUCGUAUGAAGCCUGAGGAACUGUUUCCUUUAGCGAAACUAUUUUUGGGGGCAGAGACAACAAGCAACAUUUAUUCAAGGAUCAUUGGUUUUAAAAUGUGAUUGUUUACCAAAAGCAAAUUGUGCACUUAAUGUCAAGCAAUCAAAAUUACUAUCGUGCUCAUGUCAUCAGAGAGUUUGCAAAAUUAAGGUGAAUUUAAUUAUAGACAUAGUUAGUGUAUAAGGUUGUAAUUUGCAAAAUUCUAUAAAAAUUUAAUCGAUUAAUAUUGACAACUCAUAACGUGCUUUUGUGAAAACCUGUUUUCAAUUGUAUUCUGUGUUGUUAGCUAAUAUAAUGAUUACACUAUUACACUAGAAUAGAAGAUAUUUUAAGGGAUUUCAUUUUUUUUGAAAGAAUAAAUCUCAUAUAGCAAUUUUCAGACAAUCAA